GGAAUCUUUGUUGAGUUAGAAGUGCUGAACAAAUAUGACCUCUUCGUCGGUGCUUACAGAGGAUAGAUUUUCUAUUCUUCUCUCGAGACUUGAUAGAAUCGAAGCUUCUCUGGCUGGCCUUGAAGAUGUCAAGAAACUACUAGUAGAGAUAGAGGACAACACUCAUGCCGAAGGGGAUAAUAAGUGCGAUUUUCGUCAAAACAAACUUGAGAAGGUUAGCUUUGACAUAAGUAUAAUUUCUUUAUCUCUUAACUGAAAUGCACACAAUUGCAAACAGAUUUCCAACAAGGAUCGUAAGAAACAUAAGCAUAUCUAUUACUUUUACUCAUAAUCAGCUAAGAAAAAACUGUAGAAUACAUAGCUAGCUAAUCACUAUCAUCAGCAAAUAAGCCAACUUAUGAUUCUGUACUAUUUACCAUUCCAUUUGAUUUCUCUUAAAAUGUGCUCUACAAGUUGGCAUUUACAGUGUGCUCUACUUCCUGUAAAUCAGUUUCGUUGUGGUGUUUUUGUCAGACCAGCCCUCCAGUGAUAAAUAGUGGGCAACGGGAGGCAACAUUGUCAACAACUAAUGUGCGAUUUAAUAACUGGAAAUAUACGAAGAUCAAUAUAUGUGCGAUUUAAUGAUCGAUUGGGCUGCCUACCAACUGUUUAAUUUAUAGUCGCAGAUCCAGAAAAUUAAGACUUGAGCAGUCUGGGAAAUUGCAGAGAGAAUACACACCAGUUCAAUAUGAAAGAAAUUUCAAACAUAUUCUCUAAAAAUUCGUUAUCUUGCCUUUAUUGUCCCUUCCAAACCAGCCCAACAGUAUUUAGUAUUGAGUAUUUAGGUUUUCUCAGCCAAUCCCUCUGGCUCCUCUUCAAUAAAAUCAAUCAGAAAAUUGAUAUAAUUCUUUCAAUUUAAAAAUAACUCAUUUCAAUUUUUUCAUUAAAUUAAUUGCAAGUGUUGUUUUCUUCUUUUAAGGUUAUUGUGGCAAUUAGAACCAGUAUUAUAUCUGUUGGUGACAUUGACACAGUUGGUCAGCAAUUCAAAUGUGAUUUUUAUAUGUCGGCAACCUGGUCAGAGCCACAACUGCAGGGAAGAAGUCCGGAUGUGAGCUAAAUUUCAACUAUAUAACAAAUGGCAGUUAAGCUUGUUCAGUUAAUAAAGUGACUGUCCCUGAGAUAUCAUCCAACUCUGCUAAAACUCUUCUAAAGCCAUACAAAAUUGUAUGCCUUGCCUUAGUGCCAUGUAACCCUUCCAUUCCAAAGAUCUUAAUAUUAGUUCUUACUAUCGUCAACCAUAUAUUUCCUAGAAUUUAGGUUUUUUAGAAUUUGUUGUUGGGUCAAAGCACAUCCCUUAUAACUUUUCUGGUUAACCCUUUACUCCCUAACAUCACCAUGCAUAUUCUCCAUACUGUUCUCCAUACAUUUUCAAAGAGGCUGACAAGGAGAAUUUGUUUAACAAUCAAGCCUGCUUUAGUUGGUGAUCAUCUUCUCUAUUCUUAUGACUUUCAUUUUUGAUUCAGGGGAGAUAUGGUAAGGAGAAAUUAGAUGCUAGUCACUCUUAGGGGCUAAAGGGUUAAAAUGUUUUAAUAUUUUAUAACAAGUUGUAUUUAAAUGGCUCAGUGGCUAAAAGGUUAAAAUAAGACAACAGUUGUAGUGUUAAGGGAGAGAAGGUGGUCAAAGUUACUAUUUUGUCUUGAACAUUACAUUAAUUUUGUUUUCUUUUCAGGAUAUAAGAUGGAGCAGUGAAUGGCAUCCCAGAAUUGUGUUUUUUAAUGCAGUGGAAAUUGAAAAAAUGGAAAUAAAUCAUAAAUUGUUUUAUGAAGAGGGUAAUAAAAUACCGUAUGCCAUGCAGUCAUACAGAAUAAAAGGAAGUUUUAGAGAAAAUUUGGAGUUGUGGAAUUUUCCUUUAGAUUAUCAGGUUUAGUAUUCUCCUAUAAUGAUUAUUAUUCCUGUAAUAUUCUGAUUAGUUACUCAAAACUUAUUAUGAUUGAGAACAAUUUUUUUACUUUGAUUAUAAUAAAUAUAAAAGAUAAUUUUCCUUUGGAAAAAAAAACACUUGCUAGAGACUUUAGACACAUUCCUGUUUUUCAUAAAGGCACAAUUCUCACAUGUGAAUGAUCCUUAAUUACCAGUUACAAUCAUUAUGUACCAAAAGCAAAGCUUAUAUUGGCAAAACAUAUCCAGUCAAAGGUUGACCCCAUUAAGGUUAAAAAGUAUCUCCUGAGGCUUAAUUAAGCUGAUAACUGUGUCCUGUUAGCUUAGGAUUUAUCAGGUGAUAAUCAGAGCAAUUUCCUUUAAAUAAUUAUUUGUUCAUAAACAAGAAGAAAUCAUAUCUCAGUAACUUUGAUUAAUACUACCUUCAUUUAGAAUGUGCCAUCUUAUAAAAAAAUAUUGCUAGACUUCAGUUUUACAUGUAAGGUCAUUAGUCAUGAUCUACACUUUUUUUCUGCAGCAACUGACAAUAACACUCAUGUCAGAUUGGACUGAUAAACUUGUAGAAUUUGAAAAAGACCUAAGAAAGCCAGAUACGUUGCGACCUGAAACAUUCACAGCUGACCAAGAAUGGCACCUAUGUAGAAAUGUGGUCACUGAAUCAACUAGUACUGUAUCUUCAGAGGGAAGCAGUGCUAAUGACUACCCUCUCUACCAUAUCAAGUGUCAUGUUAAGAGAAAGAAUGGUUACUACCUUUGGAACAUUGUUAUGAUUAUUGUAAGUACUAGCCAAAGUUGGUAUAAACUUGUCAGGUUACUUAGUUGGGAUACCUAGGGCUGGUUAUUUAAACAUAGUUUAGCUGCUUUGAAACGAAACAGUGUUCUAAACAAUCCUCAAUUUAGCUGGACCUUUCAUCAGAACAUUUAUUUUUUUGAACAGUCUCACAGGCUGAGUGAAAGGACAUUUAUUUAAUGAAAUCAACUCUCCAACAGAAAAAGCAUGACACCUACUGAUUACAUACAACCAUGGUUUGGGUUAGACUUCAAAUAAAUAACCGGCCCUGAGAGUUUGGGAUUCAAAACAGGGGAAAUUACAUUUCAUACUUUAAGACUACAACACAAGUCAAUUCCAUGCAUGAAAAGGGUGGGAGAAGGAAAGAAAGGAAAGGGGGAAGGAACCGUUAUGAAUAUAGGCUGGAAGGUGUUGAAGAAAAUUGCAGAAAAUUUGAAAGGAUAGCCCCUCAUAGGUAUUUGUAUUCUAGGGCUUACAUAGCCCUAGGAUACAAAUACCCAGGGCUGUGUAAGAAGAGCAUCUGCUGAUGUGGAUUCUGAGCAUCCUAGCUAUAAAAGGUGAAUGCGAUAGAUCCUUGCAUGUGGAGGUGCUGAUAAUUAGGCAGACAUACUCUGUUCUUGCCUUAAGGAAUUUUUAGCUGUCAGUUGGCAUUAUUCAGUAUUCAUAGUCAAAUUACUUCACCAAAUUGAAUGUUCGAUUAUUAGGAUGGGAUCAGGAGGCUAAGGGUUGAGAGGUAGAACUGCUUGAUGUGAAGAGUAUGAAGUUCUGAUCCCAUGUUUUCAUCCUUGUGGCUGGAUGUUGUUCAAGAUAUUUACAUUUGAUACAAAUAUCAAGUCAUGUAUCAAUUAAUUUGAUUUCAACUGAACUCUAUUUUCUGAGUGUGAUGGUAGCCACCUUAACUGAUAUAAAUUAGCUGACCUUUUGGUUCUGUUUAUUUUUGCAGUUUCUCAUUUCUCUCUUAUCAUUCUGUUCAUUUUCUGUGGAAAUCUCAUCACCUUCUGAUCGACUCAGUGUCACCCUUACCCUUCUGUUGACAGCAGUAGCUUUCAAGUUUGUUGUAUCACAGAGCUUACCGACUAUUUCAUACUUGACAUUACUGGUGAGUGUUUGUCUCCCACUUUAACACCUUAAGGAAAUGCUUUGGAGGGAAAUUUGAUGUUUUUUAUCAUCCCUUUGAAAUUGCUUUUCAUUGGCAUUACUCAAUAGGAUCUUUGACAAUUAAAAUUUGGGUCCAAAAUUUGGGGUCUAAUGGACAGAUAGUGUACCUCCCUUCAUAGCCUUGUAAAUAUGCUCAGUUUAAGUGAAAGGGGUGCAAAAGUAACAGUGUGACAAAACGAGGAGUUUUAAGCAAUCCAUCCCAUAUUGCUUUUUUUUCUCAUAGGACAAAUAUGUUUUGUGUGGCCUUCUCUUCCUGGGUUGCAUGGCUAUUGAAAAUGCAGUUGCUGCAGCUCUCAUUCUAGACUCAGCAGCUCAGAAAAAGUUUGAUAGAAUUUGUUUAUAUGUUGGCAUUGGCUGCUUUGUUUGCAUCCAUCUUGUGUUCUUGGCUUUUGUCAUUGUCAAGGUGAGAAUGAAUCAUUUUAUUAAUUGUUCUUCUAAAGAAUUAUUAUUUCAGUCUGUGACAUCAAGUUCAAAUAAGUAUGAUUUCAUUGUCAAGAUCAGGAUAACAGUACUGAUAUAUCUGAUAAUUAAAAUUCAUUUAUGUAGGAUCUGUGACCAGAUGCUGUCAGGGAAAAUUCAGAAACAAAAUUCUAUCAGAUAACUAGCUUCUUGAACUUGGAAAAAUGUCUUAAAACAUCACUUUUACAAUACUAUUGUAUUAAUCUCCAUAGACUGCCAGUAAAAAGAAUGAAAUCAAUAGUAAUAAUAUUCCUAGCUCACAGCUACCUCGUUCUCACCCAUUUCCAAAGAAAAUAGUUGUAUACAGCAGAGGGGCCAACACUUGAAACACCAGCUUUUCAAAAUUUGUUAUGUUGACUAGUCUGGCUUCAUUUUAGUUUUUACCAAGUGUCCGACUAAUGCCUACCAAAACUGAUAAUUUUUCAGUGCUAAUUCUAGUCUCUUUUUGGUUAAGUAGUACUCUCCAUAACAAACUGUUACAACUGUUAGUCAUUGAAAUCUUUUUCAAACUACUUUCUUUCAGUCAAGAACAAGAAAUAGAAUACUCUCUGAAAAUGACAAGAAAUUCCGGGUAAGUUUCUCCUGCACUUAAGAUAGCUGUGUGAAAGAGGAAGGUAAUUUUGGCUUCCGUGAAGCCAUGAUAUUGAACUUCACUCACAGUUUGCUAUUAAUUUGUGAACUUCUGCUUAGAACCAUAACACAGAAAAUGAUUUAUGAGCAGCGAAAAGUUGAUUUUUUGAAAUACUCAUAACUUCUGUCUGUUUAUUUUAGGAGAUGUUACAGAGGGUAAAAAAUUAUGCAAUGGAACAAGAACAAAGAAAAACAGAAAAACCUGAAGAAAGAUCUCAGCAAGACAAAGUUUUGGUUGUAAAGGCUUCCCCCCACCAGGGAGGGGUCACUGCCUAG